AUGUCACCGAUCCGCUACGGCUUCACCCCUGCUGGGUGUUGGGCAGGUAUUGCUCUCAUCUUUCGGAAUUUCAGAAGAAGUGAAAGCGUCUCGCUCAACGAAAGUGACGAUCGCGUCCGCGAACUGUCCAAAGAGAACGUCUCCCUCAAAGAACAGGUGUUCCUUGCUCAAGAGAAGGUUCGAGAGCUUCAAGUCGAAGUUGCUGCUAAGAAUAGUGAGAUCGCCUCGGCUAAACGUGGAAUCGAAGAGCUCAGCAGAAACUCGACCACUGCAUCUGCAUCCAACACAGAAUUGGCCCGGUUACAAGUGUCUUUACGGAACCUACAACUUCAGGAAGAACUUCUUCGUGAGGAUAACGCCCAAUUACGAGUGCAAAUCGAUUUGGCGGAGAAGUCACGGCUAAUUGCCAAAAAAGACGCUGAUUCGUUGGCGGCCAUGCAUCAAGCUCUUCUGAGCGAUCACGAUCGUCUACAGAACCUGCACGAUCUGCUCACCCAGGAUUACGAACGUGCUCGUCUCGAAAACGUCGACAUGAAGUCAAAACUGAAAUCACAGCGGCCGAUCGCCGUUAGCCACUCGCGUGAGUUGGAUGAAAUGCGAACGGCUCUCGAGCAUGAACGUACCGAGCGAGAUCGCCAACUGAGAGCCUAUGCCGAUCUUCAUAACGAGCAAGGAGCUCUGAAAAGGGAACUCGAUCAGAUCAGAAAAGAAAACGACUGCUUGUCGAGGAAUUGUGAUGGUCUCGGAUCGGAAGUGAGGAAACUAAAACUAGCCGAGCAGGCUCAACGAGCCACUGUUGAAGACCUGAUGACGACCGUUGAAGAGCAGACGAAGAGCAUCCAGGCCAAGGAGAUCGAAAUUGCCAAACUUCACAACGCUAUUGAGCUUCUGACCAAAGUGAAUCGUGUUUAUGAAGAGGAGAGCAAGAACCUUGGACGACAGGAUAAGCUCAACGCUCUUCAACGUCAUAAAGAAAAGCUGGAAGAGAAAAUUAUGGAUCAAUACCGAUCGAUGGAAAACAAGAAAUCCGCUGAGCGACAGAAACAACCGUUGGUGAAGCGAGCGGCAAAGGCUCUGAUCAACAGGCGUCGUCCAUCAGUGCCAAGCGGUGGUUCGACUACCGAGGACAGCAGUGUGUACAGCGCUGAUGAGGGAUCGCCACCACUCGUAAACGGUAAAUCCCAGCACAAAGCUGCACUUGCAGACACCGCUGCACAAAACACCCAAACGUCACCACCACCACCUAAGACGAGCGCCACUGCUACAACCCCUGCACCGCCGGUCCCAGCACGCAGCAUCGUGUACGGAAUUGACGACUUCGAUCCAUUUCCACCAACGUGCUCCUCUUCCGAAGACCACGAUCGUAUAACACCGCCUCAUGAAUCGACAUUUACUUCCCUGGAGGCAAUCCACAACGACUUUGUUCGUUUCCGUAAUGAUGCCGUCGGCGGUUCACUCAGGGACUAUUCCCCUCGUCGAACACCCACGCUCAAUCAGGUCUCCUAUAACGGUGCCGAGAAGUCUGCUGAUGGUCCACAAGUAACUGCUCUGCCGCCUCGAGCACCCAUUAGGAACAUUGGUGCUACUGCUUCACUCCGCACUCGUCCACCUCCCCCUCCAUAUUCUUCCAACGGGAAGCAGAAACCGCCACCCUAUCCCGGUCGAGCAUCUUCGGUGACAUCCUCGUGCUCCACCCCACUGCCGCCCUCAUUUGUUCCUCAGUCCGCUUCAACGCCAAAAAGCGACAAAGGUUCACCCGUUAGAGAGAUUCAGAAACCACUGGACGUUGUCGUCGGCGAAGGCGAACGGCGAACUUUCGUGAGAGAAAAGGAAGAACGUCUCGAUAAGGCGAUGAGCAUUUACGAAAACGUGCAACAAGCAGAGGUCCGAGCUAAUGAGAGCACCGUAUGGUACGAAUAUGGUUGCGUCUGA